AUGUCUCCUGUACAGCUGGAGCUUGUCCAGUCCUUCCCGACCUCCGGAGCACGAGCUGUAUGCUAUUUUUCAAUCGGCAACAAUGACUUUCUGGCCAUUCCUCAGCUCGCCGAGGAUAUUCCAAAUGGGCCGGCUGGCAUGAAUGAAGGUAACAGCGAUGUUGAUCUCAUCAUAUGGAGGGCGAAUGAGGCCGGGCUUUUUGAGGAAUGGCAACGGCUUCCUGUUGCAGGCGGCGAAGAUGCCGAGUUCUUUACCAUUCAAAAUCGACAUUUUCUCGCUACUGCAUCCAUCCGGGCUGGCAAGGGUCCCUACAACUAUAACGUAUCAUCUGUCAUUUUCGAAUUCGUCGAGGGCAAGUUUGUCGAAUUUCAGAAGAUUCCGACUUUUGGGGCCAAACAAUGGCGCUACUUCUCGAUCAAUGGUCGUCACUUCCUGGCAUUGGCUCAAGGAGUCAAAGUUCCUGGACUGUUAUCAGAUGUUCCAGGAGAUUCCACCGUGUUUGAAUGGGACGGCACCUCCUUCAGAUCCCUGCAGACAGUUCCAUCUGCAUGGGGCUACAACUUCCUGCAUUUUGAGUUAUCAGGAAUCCACUAUCUUGCGUACGCAGACUUCAGAGAGCCUUCAAUUCUGAUGACGUGGGAUGGUGAGAGGUUCAACCACUUCCAAACCUUUGCGCCAAAGGGAGGCCGAGCAUUCUGUUUCUUCCAAGUCGAACAAGACGCAUACCUUGCAUUGGCAGAUAUCGAGAACAAUAGCAUUCUUUACAAGUGGACCGGUCGCGGGUUCCGCGAACAUCAGACGCUUGCCGGGUCUGGUGGACGUGAAUUCGCGUUGAUUCAAGAGAAUGGCGAAACGUACGUGGUACUUGUCAGGUUCAUCCUGGGCACCCCCAAAGCUCCGACCACUCAACUCGAAUCUACAAUAUAUCGUAUGGAGGAUGGCUUCCUCAAGCAAGAACAUUCAUUUCUGACCCACGGCGCGACUGAUGCCGCAGCCUUCUCAAAAGCGGGUGAGACCUUCUUGUUUGUCUGCGAAAGCCUGACGGAGGACGUGCGUUUCAGGGUUGAUUGCAGUCUCUAUCGGUUCAAGCAAAGGCCACAGCGCAAAAUUCUCAAUGAGGUCCGUGGGGGUGGGAAACAGUCCCCCGAAUUUGUGGAUCUGUACACAGCAUAUACCGCUUCAGCAGACGGAACAGGGCCCAAGCUUACCAAAUUGGUUUCUCAUUCAACCACCAACGAUCCUCUGCUGGUCGCCACCAGUAGCGAGAUGAUCUUCUACCCCGGUCGCGGCCGCAAACCUUCAUAUAUCAACUACCGUUUCAACAAUCGAGGAUUCAAAGAACUUGCGGCAAUCUCACACCUGGGACCAGCUCUUGCUUCCCUCGUUAAAAUGGCCACACUCGACACACGGAUGUGGAGGACCGAGUCUGAAAAGUUAUUGUCGAGGAUUUCCGAGGUUCAUAAAGUCAAUUCAGUCUCCCUAUGGCGUGAUGAGCUGAAGGUGGCGGCCUUCACCGGCCGUGAAGAAGCAAUCGCAAGCAUGAUUGAGUAUACUUGUUCUCUCACCGUCAAGUUUCUGAAGGCCGUCCUCGAGGAUCCGCAACGGCUCAAUCCUUCCUUCCUUCGCGAGGAGUAUCUGGAGGCGACAGGUACUACUCUGGGUGCAACCAUCUCGAUGAAUGCCAUGAUGAUCGCGACUUUCUUCUUGGUUGGAUUGGACAUCUCCUAUCGAAUGCGGAUCUGGUUGCAAGAUCAACAAAUCGACUGGCAAAGAGCAAUGGUGCUCAUUGUUGGGAAGCAGGGAAGAGAAACUGCUGGGGUUACCCUGUCCACGAAUUCAGUAGCGCAGGGGAUCAUACAAUGCUCCAAUCUUGACCUUCCGGUCAACCGAAUCUACAUUGCACCUCACGGACCCGAUAUCGCACCCGGAGCAUCCGAAGCCAGAAAACUGGAGCAACAUGAAGAAGCAUUUAGGUCGCUAUGGAACAGAAUUUAUGCUACUGUUGGACUAGGGGAGAUAAUGUUCGCUGGCUAUCCGCGAUACACACCGCAGCUCAGCUGCCGGCCCACCGUCACCGAAACAACAACAGAGGUUUCUGAGAUGCCGCAAAUACGCGGUCCAGAUGACUGGCUCACCAUGACGACGCGACUGCGGAUAGUUUUGGAAGAUCCACGACAGCUGCUGUCGGGGUGCGUGACCGACUAUGCUGCGGAACAACUUCGACAAUGUGAUAAUGACCUUCAGAAAGUUAUUAUCCCAGGUCUGGACUCCUAUGACUAUGCUUCAGCUUCAGCGGCUUUGACCAACCCAAGAAACGAAAAGCGUCCUUCAGGACGCUCCGCCAAAAGCCCUCUGAAACAAGGAGAUCUCUUUGGCACCCCGUGGCAACGUUUUAUUCAAUUCCUCGCUCCGCCACAAAAGUGUCCAGUGGCCGGUGGCGAAAUUGCAUUCUACGAGGAAGGUACAGGUCCUCAGACGAACAUAUGGCUUCACGGAUUGCCGCUUGACAGCCGAAGCUGGGCGGCCCAGCGGUCCUAUUUCGCGUCUCAAUAUCGAAAUGUCUAUGUGGAUCUCAGGGGAUACGGAAAUUCCAGCAAAUUCCCAGACAGGGUUCAAAAUGUGACACAGAUGAACUGCGACGACUUGCUGUCUGUACUGGACCAUUUGCAUCUAGGAGUGGUCAAUUUAGUCGGGUUCGCCUCUGCUGGCCACGUCGCUCUCCGUUUUGCCCGCCAGCACCCCGAGCGUCUGCGCAAACUGGUUGUCCUCAACGGGAGUCCGUGUUUCCGACAGCGACAAGACUGGCCAUUUGGCUUCGAGGACAAGACACUCGACAAAUUCACCGCCGCGGCAUCGCGAGGUGGAAUUGAGGACUUGACAAACAUGGUUCUCGAUCCCGCCGUGGUCUUCAAGGACCUCGACGCCACCAACGCCGCUUCCCUCAAGGCGUGUUUCGCGGACAUGAGCCACAACGCCGGCUUGGACACUGUUCUCAAGUUCUUCACCGACAUCUCGUUCGACGACGAUCGAGAACUCAUGGCCCAGAUCUCGACGCCGACGCUCUUGAUCACGGGCUCCGUGGGCGAAGAAGUCCCCAAUGGCACGGGGGCUUUUCUGAGAAGGACCAUCCCGAAUGCUUCAUUGGUGGAAAUCCCCGGGGCGGAUCAUUUUCUCUUCGCGACAAAGCCGGAUAUUGUCAAUCCCAUAAUCGCUGGGUUCUUGGCUGCGUAG